CUGUCCCUCCCUCCUUCCUCCAUAUAAGUACAUGUCCUCCUCCCUAACCAGCUGGGAAUUCUCUAUUUAAGCUGCUUUGGAGCCCUACCAGGCUGACAGUGAUGCUGAGGAUGCUGUAUUGUUUUGGCAUGAGCUUCUCUCUUCACUUCUUCACCGUGGUGUCGGCCGCCGCCGUCAUCAAUAACGGCUCUCAGCCCCUGAAGCUGCUGAUCGGCUUCCAGGCUCCGUGGAACAUGUCGCUGCCGUUCAGCGCCCUGAGGCUGGGCUCGGCCCUGCAGAUCGCCGUGGACAAGGUGAACACCAACCCCGCCCUGCUGGGGAACUACAGCCUGGACUGGGUGUUCAAGGACACCGACUGCAACCCCAAAGAGUCGCUGGGAGGCUUCAUCCAGCAGGUGUGGAGGGAAAACGUGUCGGCGCUGUUCGGGCCGGCGUGUCCAGAAGAAGCCGAGGUCACUGGUCUCAUCGCGUCGACGUGGAACAUCCCCAUGUUCAGCUUCGUGGGUCAAUCCUCCAAAAUGGACAACAGUGAGAUCUACGACUCCUACAUCAAAGUGGUUCCUCCUCUUAAAAGAAGCUCAGAGGUUCUGGUGAAGACUCUGGAGUUCUUCGGCUGGUCUCACGUGGCCAUGAUCGGAGGAGGACUCGACUCCAACACUUGGGACAAAGUGGACGCUUUGUGGAAGACGGUGGAGGAUCCACUGAGAGCUCAGUUCAAGCUGAAUGCAGCCGUGAAGUUCGACACCAGCGACCCUCAGCUGCUUCACCAGAAAGUUAAGUUCAUCUCAACGGUGGCCAGAGUUAUCGUGGUUCUGACCAACAGAGAUGAUGCCAUGAAUCUGCUGCUGGAGGCCGAGCGUCAGGGUCUGAUGAACGGAGACUACGUCUUCUUCCUCGUCCAGCAUUUUGAGGUCAGUGGCAGCGUGGACAACUUGUGGAAAAACGCCCUGAACAGCAGAUUAAACCAGGCAGCCAUCAGAGCCUUCGACAUGACCUUCAUCAUCGGACAGAAAGCCUACGAAGGCUACGAGUAUUACGAUUUCUAUGAGGAAGUUUUCCAAAGACUAAAGGGUCAUCCGUUUAGAAGCAACUUGACGUCUGAAAGAGAGGUGAGCCCCUACUCGGCCUACCUGCAUGACGCCGUGCUUCUUUACGCCAUGGGUCUGAAGGAAGUCCUGAGAGACGGAAAAAAUCCUCAUGAUGGCCGGCAGCUUCUGCAGAGAUUAAAAAACAAGCACAGCAUUCGAUUUUAUGGUGCGUCUGGACUAGUCCACUUUGACGAGGAGGGGGAGAGAAAUCUGGACUAUUCCAUUUAUGACCUGCAGCACAACGGAGACGUCACCAAGUUUGUUCCCAUCCUGCAUUUUGACAGUCACACCAAAGACGUCCGACCAACAUCCAUGUUUUCCUCCAUGGUGUGGCCUAAAGGAAAACCUCCCUCUGACACCCCAGAAUGUGGCUUCAACAACGAACUGUGUGAAUGGCUGACCAACGACCUUGCCCUGCUGGCUCUGCUCAUCACCUUCCCCGUCAUUGGUGUUGUCGCUGUUUUGUUGAUCGGGGUUUUGAUGCUGCAGAAGCUGCGACUGCAGACAAAGUUGGACGAUUCGUGCUGGUGGAUGAUCAGCUACAGCGACAUCACCAUCAUCAGGGAGCCCUCAGGAGUUCAGGGUUUAUCUCUCAGCACCACCGGUAGUCAGACAGGAAGUGGAAGUUCUCACUCCAGUUUCUCCAACAACAGCUUCGGUCUGAGGGACAAGAUGGGCAAAGAACACAUCUACACCACCAUCGGCCUCUACCAGGGAAAUCAAGUUGCAAUCAAGUACAUUAAGAACCUGAUGUGCUGCAAUUUCCAGAAACCUUCCAUCAUCGCUGAGUUCAGUGUGAUGAAAGAGAUGAAACAUGAGAACUUGGUGCAGUUCUUUGGUGUUUGCAUCGAUCCCAUCUGUCUGGUCAUCCAGUACUGCAAGAAAGGCAGCCUGAAGGACAUUCUUAAGGCUACAGAUGUUGAGCUGGACGGGAUGUUCAAGCUGUCCUUUGCUUACGAUAUUGUCAACGGGAUGGAGUUCAUUCAUAAAAGUCGACUAAAGUUCCACGGGAAUCUGAAGCCGAGCACAUGUCUGGUGGACAGUCGACUCCAAAUCAAACUCUCCGGUUUCGGACUUUGGGAGUUUAAAUAUGGCGGCAUAAGCAAAACCAUCCCACUGGAAAACCCCGAUUAUGAAGAGAUGUUCUGGACGGCUCCAGAGCUCCUGAGGCAGGCCGGUCUGCUGGUCAACGGGACGCCCAAAGGGGACGUCUACAGCUUUGCCAUCAUCGUGUGGGAACUCAUGUACAACUCUAAAGCUGGUCCAUAUCAGGACAUCAACCUGGACCCCAAAGAGAUCAUUAUGCAGCUGAGGACGCCUUUCCAAGGAGAACCUCUGCGACCGGUUCUAUCUGAGGAUCUGUGUGAAGAGAACAUCAACGCCCUGCUGAGGUCCUGCUGGAAUGAAAACCCCGAUCAUCGACCUCCGUUCGGUUCGAUCCGGAGGAGGCUGAGGGACACCAGUCCAGACAGUCAUGCAAACAUCCUGGACAACAUGGUGGACAAGCUGGAGAAAUACGCCAAUCACCUGGAGGAGGUGGUGGAGGAGAGAACCAAUCAGCUCACGGCGGAGAAAGCGCGAGCAGACAAGCUCCUGUCCAGCAUGUUACCAAGGUACAUCGCAGAGCAGCUGAUGGCGGGAAAGUCGGUGGAGCCGCAGAGCUACGACCUGGUGACCAUCUUCUUCUCCGACAUCGUGGGCUUCACCUCCAUGUGCUCCGUCAGCUCGGCGAUGGAGGUCGUGACCUUCCUCAACGACCUCUACAGCCUGUUUGAUGACAUCAUCAAGAUGUACGACGUCUACAAGGUGGAAACCAUCGGUGAUGCCUACAUGGUCGCCAGCGGUUUGCCUCUCAGCAACGGCAACAAACACGCUUUAGAGAUCUGUACAAUGGCUCUGCAUUUCCUGAGCGGCAUCAAGGUCUUCAGAAUCCAUCACAUGCCGACCGAGAGUCUCGCAAUUCGCGUCGGGAUACAUUCUGGUCCAGUGGUUGCUGGAGUUGUUGGCACCACGAUGCCUCGGUACUGCCUCUUUGGUGACACGGUGAACAUGGCGUCUCGCAUGGAAAGUAACAGCUUACCCCUGAAGAUUCAUAUUUCUCAGACCACGGCAGACAUCCUCGUCCAGGCCGGAUCAUUUCAGAUGGAGGAAAGAGGGGAAAUUGAAAUGAAGGGUAAAGGGUAUCAUAAGACCUACUGGCUGCUCAAUAAAAGCGGCUUUAAUCCCCCUGCUAUAAUCUACGACUCUCCACCAGCUGACAGCAUCAAAGUAAAGUCAGAGAAACCAGGAGCGGCCAGGACAACGGGAAAAAAGGCCCGGAAAACUCUGACCAACACUCACAUGGCAGAAUCCACGAUGACCGCAGUGCACAUUUAAAGACGAGGUGGAAGUUCUGAUCAUAUUUAUGGUAAAUUAGUUGGAAUAUGUGGAAAUGACAGUUUGAUAGGUUCAUUAAAACACCAAGAGAAAAACAUGGACAGAGACUGAAGUUAAAGGGAACAGAGCCUGGAGACUGGAUAUGAACUGUUGGUAAAUUGUAUAUCUAAUGUGUCUAAAUCUUUAUUUUUUGGAUAUAAGUCCAAUUAUAGAAUUUGAUCCAGUGCUGAUAUAAAAAGAAGUGAUUCAUUCUCAUUUAAACUGGUUUUGUAGCACAUUUCUUCCUGCUAUGAUUUGCUUAAAUCUCAUGCAAUACAUCAUUUUUUGUUUGCUUAUCAAGCAAUUAGAAUCUAUUUUUCCAGCUGAAAUGUUGGUUCUCCUACUAAUAUCUGCCAUCCAGCUGUGCACAGUUCAAUAAAUGAGGUUUUAUUACUGUCUCGUGGAACUCAACCCAAAAUUCUAGAGCUAGAAUGCAAAACAGUUCAAAAAUGGAAAAAGCAACUUGAAAAACUUUCUACAAAAACAGUCAUAAAUCACUGGAAAACGUAUAUACAGUGCAAUAUUGGAGUGAAAUGUGUGAAAGAAAAAUUACUCUUUCCCCUUCUUAGGGUAUUUCCUUGCAGCUGUUAGCUGACGUCAUCCUAAAUUAUCUUCCGACAGGCCGACGCUGUAGCAGGAAGAUCUGCCAGGACUCUAGUCGAGGUUAGAUAUUAUCUGUUCUGAUGUGACUAAGCAGACUAGUUGUCUCCAUAUUGGUCUGUAAUCUAAAUCUGACCUUCUCCCAACUACAAUAUCUACGUGAAGAUCAGAGAGAAUCCUCAGAACUGAUGCUGGCGUUGCUUGCAUGUACAGCUGCUCUGUCGGUGUCACUUCUCCUGAUAUCAGUAAACUUUACUCUCAGCCUAAAUCAUCUCAGUCUCCAGUGAGUCUCUCUGUGUCGAUGUCUCACCUUUUCUUAAAAGCUUUAUUGCAUCAAAAUAAAACAACCACUUCAGUUUUUGAUAAUUUUUACAACAGCUCCUCUGUUAAAUCCAAAGUUCGAGCGUCUUUGUCUCCAAUAAUGUGAUGUAUUUCUGUGUAAAAACUGAAUAUUUAGAAGAAUUAAAAUUAAAUCCUUUAGAUAUCAUUGGUUUGCUCAUGAACUAAGUGCCCUCUAUUUAAAAAAAUAAAAAUUUAU